AUGUAUAAUGAAAAUAUUAACAUUAUUUCAUCAAGCAAAAAGGAUUACCACAAUAUAAAUAAAAUAAUAAAAUUAGAAGAAAAUGGGGAAAUUGAAAUUCAUUGGAAAGAUAGUAAUAUUGAAAAAUUAACCAAAGAAAUUGAAGAAUUACAAGAACAAGAGAGAGCACUAAAUGAUCAAUUAGAACCAUACAGAGCACAAAUGAAACAACUCGAUGAUGAUGCAAAAAGAAAUUUAGAUAAGGUUCACCAAUACAAUGAAAUUAAAGAUUCAUGUCAAGCAAUCAUAGGCAAAUUGGCAGAGCUAGAAGGUUUAACUAUCGCACAAAUGAAUAAAAAACUUGGAAUCGAUGAAAAUGAUGAUAAAAAGAAAUAA